UCUUCACGAUGCAGGCUCUUCAGGUACAUCUGUAAUGCCUCUUCACGAUGCAGGCUCUUCAGGUACAUCUGUAAUGCCUCUUCAUGGUGCAUUCUCUUCAGGUACAUCUUUAAUGCCUCUUCAUGCUGCUUUCUCUUCCGGUACACAUGUAAUGCCUCUUCAUGCUGCAUUCUCUUCAGGUACACAUGUAAUGCCUCUUCAUGCUGCAUUCUCUUCAGG